AAUCCAUCUGGGCGUCUCUAAUUAGGUCCCUUUAUUGGUAGCCUCUAGGUAGUACCUCCUUCUCCCCACCCCGAGCGGAGCAUGCCGGGAGAUGUAGUUCUGAGUUCGGUUGCUAUGGCGUCCACUACAUCCUUCACGAGUCCGGCCCCGCCCGACAGGAAUGACGAGCAGUCUGACCAAUGGGAGCACCGGCUGGGCCCAAGGGGGCGGGUUCUCUGCAGAAGAACUGGAAGGUGGCGGUCGCGAAGGCGCUGGAUUUGGGGUUUGCUCGCAGGCAGGUGAUCCUUGGUGACUAUGAAAGGCUUAUAUUUUCAACAGAAUUCCACAAAUGAAGAAACAAUGUUUGUAUUUCAAGAAAGGGAAAAUCUUCCUGUGACAGAGGAUUACUUUGUGAAGCUUCAAGUUAAAGCUUGUGCUCUAAGCCAGAUAAAUACAAAGCUUCUGGCAGAAAUGAAGAUGGAAAAGGAUUUCUUUCCUGUUGGGAGAGAAGUUGCUGGAAUAGUAUUAGAUGUUGGAAGCAAGGUAUCAUUCUUUCAACCAGAUGAUGAAGUAGUUGGGAUUUUGCCUCUGGAUUCUGAAGACCCAGGACUUUGUGAAGUUGUCAGAGUACAUGAGCAUUACUUGGUUCAUAAACCAGAAAAGGUCACGUGGACAGAAGCAGCUGGAACCGUUGGGGAUGGAGUACGAGCCUAUACAGCUCUGCAUUACCUUUCUCAUCUCUCUUGCGGAAAGUCAGUGCUGAUCAUGGAUGGAGCAAGUGCAUUUGGCUCAAUAGCCAUUCAGUUAGCGCACCACAGAGGAGCCAGAGUGAUCUCAACCGCGUGCAGCCUGGAGGACAAGCAGUGCCUUGAAAGAUUUAGGCCUCCUGUAGCUCGAGUGAUUGAUGUCUCUGCUGGGAAAGUCCACAUUGCUGAGAGCUGUCUGGAAGAAACAGGUGGCCUGGGAGUAGAUAUUGUGCUAGAUGCUGGAGUGAGAUUAUAUAAUAAAGAUGAUGAACCACCUGUAAAAUUACAGCUCCUACCACAUAAGCAUGACAUCAUCACACUUCUUGGUGUCGGAGGCCACUGGAUAACAACAGAAGAAAACCUCCAGUUGGAUCCUCCAGAUAGCCAUUGCCUUUUCCUCAAAGGAGCAACAGUGGCUUUCCUUAAUGAUGAAGUUUGGAAUUUGUCAAACGUACAACAGGGAAAAUAUCUUUGCAUCUUAAAAGACGUGAUGGAGAAGUUAUCAGCUGGUGUUUUUAGACCUCAGUUGGAUGAACCCAUCCCACUGUAUGAAGCAAAAGUUUCCAUGGAACUUGUUCAGAAAAAUCAAAGAAGAAAAAAGCAAGUUGUUCUAUUUUAAUUUUCUCGUUUCUUAGACCUCGGUUGGAAGACCAGUAUUGUAAGCUCAAGUUUUCCUUGAAAAUUGAGAAAAAGUCAAGGAAGAAAAAAGCAAGUUAUCCCAUUUUUAAGCGUGUUUCCUUAACAAGAUGUUCGGUUAUUUGUGUAUUUGGAAAAUUUCUGAUUAUGCAAGUGAUCGAGAUAAUUCUGUAAUUAACAUCGGAAGGGAAUAUUCAGAAAGCCUUUUUAAUUAUUAUUUCUAUACAUUUUGCCA